AUGUCAACCGUGGAUGCACUGACAGACGAAGAACGGGAAAAGCUGGCGCAGCUGCAAGCUGUUACGAAUAGUGAGAAUCCAGAUAUACAAAUCUCAUUGCUACAGUCUGUAGAAUGGGACGUCCAGGCCGCAUUACAAGCCAUUUAUGGAGAUGGGGGUCCUACUAUUCCACCUCGUAGGACUAGUCCACCACGAACCGUUCAUUCGCUAGAAAUCGACGACUCGCACGUUGUGUUUGACGCGCAGACGCGGCCCAACAUGUUUUCACCACUCCGCAUCCCUGCUCGACGAGGAUUUGGAACCGGAUUGUUCUCGUUGCUCGUCGCCCCAUUGAGCGUGCUGGCGUCGGUGUUGCAUUUCGUGUUCCGGGUCUUGCGCAUCCCGUUCCCGCGUAUGAGCACACUUGGGAUUUCGUUUGGAAGUCGUACUGGUGCGUAUGGGUCUCGAGGUGGGCGGAGGAGGAGAGGAUCCAAUGAUGAAGACCCAUCGACGGUUGCGGAGCGGUGGGUGCUCGAGCUUGAAGAAGAGACGGGUGCGCUUUGUGUUUCCAAAGCGGCACUUAUCGAGGCACAGAGGGAUGUGCCGGGUCUCGGUGAGGGUGGGGACGAAUCGAAUGAACCCGGACCUUCGUCGCGCCCUCUUCUUGUGCGCAGACGACAUGAGCGGCCCAAGACGAUUCCAGAUUUCUUUACGGGUGGAUUUGAUUUGGCACUCAAGACGGCAGAACGAGAGGCGCGCGUCUUGUGUGUGAUCCUCACCAGCGAAGAACACGACGACUCUCCUGCGUUUCGUAGAGACGUGCUCACUAAUACCGAGUUUGUCAAUGCGUUGACGGAUAAUCGCAUCUUGUGCUGGGGUGGCGACGUUUCGGAAAAGGAUGGUUAUCAGACUGCGAUCAAACUCGGGGCGACCACGUAUCCAUUUGUUGCCUUUAUUGCCCUCUACGCUCGUGCCAACAGAGGAGAUGCAAUGACGGUCAUCAGCCGUCAUUCAGGUCCCUCUACCACGAUUACCUCUGCUGAAUCUCUUACCAAUCAUCUCCGGUCGACAGUUCUUCCGCGCGUCGCACCAGUCUUGAACCGCAGACGCGCAGAACAGCAGGCUCGAGAGUAUGAACGCCGACUACGACAAGAGCAAGAUCGAGCAUACGAAGAGUCACAACGAAAAGACUAUGAGAAAAUUAUGAAGCGGCGCGAAGAGGAGAGGAAAGCGCGCGAAGAGGAAGAGCGGCAACGUGCAGAGGCAGCGGAGCGGGAACGACUGCUCAAACAACAAGCCGAAGAACGGCUGAGGCAAAAAGCGGAAAAGACUGCGUGGCGUCGAUAUGCACGACGAGCAGUCGUUCCUCCAGAACUCAACUCGAAAGCUUCUGUUCCGAUCCGGUUCAGAAUGCCAUCUGGACAAUUGGUUGUUCGUCGUUUCGAACCGACGGAUACCAUUACGGGCGUAUACGCCUUUGUGGCGUCGCAGUUUAUCCCAAGGUCGGAAGCUCCCGAAGACGAUCCUAUUCAUCCACCUGGAGGUGUGGCUAUUUCAGACGUGGACUCUCAUGAUUGGGACUGGGAUUUUCGCUUGGCCAUCACAUUCCCCAAGUCGAUUAUUGCGUGGACCAAGGGGGAAAAGUCGACAGUGGGAGACGUCUCUGCUCUCAGAGGCGGUGGAAAUGUCGUUGUCGAAAAGCUUCAGGCUUCCUCGGAUGGAGACAACGGCGACGAGUCUCCAGCUACGGAAGAAGAAGACGAUGAAGAGGAGACGCCGAGCGAGGACGAGAUGUAA